AGAGUGAGUGGGGCGGGGCUGCGCGUGCGCAGGGCCGACGCGCGCCCCUGGCGGCCGUUGAAAAAUGGCGACUGUGGCGGAGUUGAAAGCUGUUUUAAAGGACACCUUGGAAAAAAAGGGGGUAUUAGGGCAUUUAAAAGCAAGGAUCCGAGCUGAAGUUUUCAGUGCCCUAGAUGAUGACCGUGAACCCCGACCAUCAUUGUCUCAUGAAAACCUUCUAAUUAAUGAAUUAAUUCGAGAGUAUUUAGAAUUCAACAAAUAUAAGUAUACAGCAUCUGUCCUCAUAGCAGAAUCUGGUCAACCUGUAGUUCCAUUGGACAGACAGUUUCUCAUCCAUGAACUAAAUGCAUUUGAAGAAUCAAAGGAUAAUACAAUACCUCUUUUAUAUGGGAUUUUAGCCCAUUUCUUGCAUGGAACUAAGGAUGGCAUCCAGAAUGCAUUUCUGAAAGGGCCUUCACUUCAGCCUUCAGACCCAAGUCUUGGCAGACAAUCUAGUAGAAGAAAGCCAGUAGAUGACCACCCAAGAAAGGAGGAGCGGAAAAGUACUAACAUUGAAGAUCUUCAUGUUUCUCAGGCAGUCAACAGAUAAUGCUUUGUUUGGGGUAUCUUUCAUCUUAAAAUUGUAUUAUUUAAUAACUUAUUUAUUGUCCCAAUGUUACCAAAAUGCACCACUAAUAUUUGUAGAAAUUUGAGUUUCUACAAAACACCCCUAAUGUUUAACUACAUUUGUGAAUAAAAGCUAACUCUGUCAUCUAGCUUAUUGGUUUUGACUUGGAAAAAAAAAGUAUUGUUUUUAGGAAGUAUUUUUUGCUUUUUUGAGAUGGAGUCUUGCUCUGUCACCCAGGCUGGAGUGCAGUGGCACGAUCUCAGCUUACUGCAAUCUCCGCCUCCUGGAUUCAAGUGAUUCUCCUGCCUCAGCCUCCCGAGUAGCUGGGACGACAGGCCUGUGCCACCACACCGGACUAGUUUUUGUAUUUUUAGUAGAGAUGGGGUUUCACCAUGCUGGCCAGGCUGGUCUCGAACUCCUGACCUCAAGUGAUCUGCAUGCCUCAGCCUCCCAAAGUGCUGGGAUUACAGGUGUGAGCCACUGAGCCCAGCCAUUUAGGAAGUAUUGUAAAGGCCUUUAAAGUUUGUAAGGAAAUGAAAAGGCUUUGUAUUACCUUUUCAAUAGGCAACAAUGUACUUUUUCUUUCCUUAGACUUUGGCUUACUGGAAGGUUUAAUUAAAAGGUAGAGGGGAAGUAAAUUUGCUGUAAUAAUUUUGCUGUAAAUAAAACAAAGAGUUUAUUUUAUUAGAUAAAGAAUGUGAAGUAUGCAUGAAGAGACAGGCUUUGGGAGAAAUACCAGAAAGUGAUUUUUCAAAGAUGGCAUUGUUUAAUCUCCGUGUGGCCCUCAGUUGUGCAAUCACAGAUGAGCCAGAAGAGGGCCAGCCCCCUACUUGUUUGGGCUCCGAAACUCUUAUCAAACAUCAAUUUUUAUUCUUGGGAUAGAAAAAUAGUAUGUGCUAUCUCUAAUACGCUACUUUGAUAUUUAUUAAAGAAGUAUUUUUAAUGUAGUGUCCACAGGCUCAUUUCAUUGAAAACAACUGCCUAUGAUGGUAGACAGCUCCUGAUUGGCAAAAGUUUGAUGGUAUAUUCAGAAUUAAAUUUUGCCUGCGCACCCAAACGCUGACAACAUUUAGCUUCAAGGUUUUCCAUGGAGAAGAGUGGUAAGAGCUAUAGUUAGCAAAAUUGGCAUCCUCUUUAGGGUGUCAAUUCUGUGCUGCUUUGCAAAUUGUGGAAACUUUUGAUUUUCUAUUUGGCGAUGCUGGUCAGUGUUCAGAUUAGCCAAGGAUUUUUAUCUAAAUACAGAAACUUAUUAAUGAAAUCCAUUUAAACUAUACUUACACAACAUUUCGAGAGGCCCUGCUGGUAAAAUUAUAUAUAGAUGCAGAAGUAUUGCAAGAGUCCAUUUUCCAUUUUUAAAUCUGUAAUAUCUGAUUACAAUUAUGAAUUCCGUUGUAUUGUAUGUGUGAAUAUAAAUAUCUGAAUUCUCCCGGGGGACUUGGUUUUCGUCCAAGGAUGUUGGCAGUGGACACUUAGUUUACCUCAGGAAUUGCAAUCGUGUAAGACUAUAUUCGGAAAAAAUGCUGGAGUAUAUAAUUUUGGAUACUGAUAUAAAAUCAUCAAGAUGGAAGUUAAACAGAAUUGUCACAUGUAGUCCAUAGUGCUUUUGUAUAUUAUUCUGUAAUUUGCUUGUACUGAGGCAACUUUUUAUACUUUCAAUAUAUCAUUUAAUAAAAAAAAAAGCAAGUCA